AUGGAUUCAGGUGGAACAGGCAGCUCCGCUGGGGCCACGGCAUCUACCCCGAUCCCAACGAGCAAUGCAUCGCUGGAGCUGUUGGCCAAACUAGCCCCGUCGGUGCCUACCCAGCUGCCCAACGGCUACCCCGGAAAGUCCUCGUUAUCGCUCGAGCUCGAGACCGAUGACUCGACCUCGUCGGACGACCAGGUGGCCAAUCCGUUCCAUCCUGACUCUUCCGUGAGCGACAAUGAAAAUGACCCCAACGACGAUGACCAUCCCCGGAGGAGCUCCACGAGCUCGGCGUUCGACGAUCGUCCGCGAGAAAUUUUUGGAUCUGCUCCACACCCAGCUCCAUCCGCGGAUGGGUCGACCGCCACGCCAUCGUUGAGCGUGCCAUUUACGUCCGCAGACCACGCCAUGCGGCCUGGAACUGAGGCUAGGCCAAACACAUCCAUCUCGAUCUCCGCCAGAGCCAGCCACCAGCAUCAGUCCGUCAAGUCGCUCCAGCAAAGAAAAAAACCCCCACCACCCCCGCGAAGUCAUCACGGGAGACGAAUCAGUGCGAGUGCAAGGACUUCGCCCAAUACUGCGAACAAUCUGGUUGCCUUGUCUUUUCAUGCCUCGUCUUCUCACGCCUCACCUCCUCGAUCUACUAAUCGCCUUUCAUACCAUGCCUCCUCUCCCGAAAGCCAGACCUCCGCACGCCCGCUCGGCACCCCCAAUGCCAGCUCGGCCUCCCAAUCUCUAGAGCCAGACUACUUCUCGGUCUCGUCCGAAGACCAGCAGCAGGUAACAGACUCAACCUCAACCGAGUCCCUCCACCGCAGCCACUCCCAACGCUCCCAAAACUCCCAGCACAAACGCCCACCCACACCCCCUCUCAGUCGCCGGCACAGCCAGAUGCGGCGGUCCAAGUCCACGCAGUCCAAGUCAAGCGGUAGCCGCUUGACCAUGUCCUCACGGGGCUCCGAGAACGCUGGCGGCUCGCAACCCCCGAGCCCGGGGCCCUCCACCCGGUCUGUUGCUUCGUCUCUCUCCCAAGACCGCAAGCGCAUCAGCAUGCCGCCGCCCCCUUCUUCUGGGGAGCGGGAUCCGCGAGCCCCUGGGCCCCCGGGCCUGUCGGCACCCGAUGCCCUCUCGCCAGCCCCCGUUAACCUCAGGUGGAACCCUUCCCCGCCCGACCGACGUGCGUCCUCGCAUGGCAGUAUACCAACCGACAGCUCUACAUCUACACCUGCGGCACCCCCGCCUCCACCGCCCCCUCGUCGCGCGCGAGACUCCAAGGCUCGUAGCAGCGAUAGCAGGCCAGUCUCUCAGGUGACUGGGGCAGAGAACAUACCCUUGCCGCAGCCGUCAAAUGCACAUGACAUAUUGGCUGACCUGUCGCGGCUGCAGAAAGAGGUGGAUGAUCUGCGCGGCCAUUAUGAGAACCGCAAAGUCAGUCAGUAG